UGCUGCUGCUGAUGGUGAUGCUGGGUGAGACAGGCGGAAAGUGGGUGGGGACAUGCAGGUCAUUGUCGAGAUAAACGCAACGCACGUUGACAGGACGCUGAGCUGAACAUUAAUCCGCAUUUCCAAGGAAUAAUUAAGACGCAUUUGGCCACAUAUUGAUUUGAGACAACCAACACCAUGACUGCAGAGGAGAUCAUAAACAUCAAAGAAGCGGAGAUCAUAAAGCUCAUCUUGGACUUUCUCAACUCCAGGAAGCUUCACAUAAGCAUGCUGGCUUUAGAAAAGGAGAGUGGGAUCAUCAAUGGGCUUUAUUCAGAUGAUAUGCUCUUUCUAAGGCAACUUGUAUUAGAUGGCCAAUGGGAGGAAGUUCUGCAGUUCAUACAACCUUUAGAGUGCCUGGAUAAAUUUGACCGAAAGAGAUUUCGAUAUAUCAUCUUAAAACAGAAGUUUCUGGAAGCUCUUUGUGUAAACAAUGCCAUAUCAGCAUCAGAUGAUCCUGAGAACCUGGAGCUCACCAUGCAGGAUGCAGUAAAAUCUCUCCAUGCCUUGGAAGAGUUCUGCCCAACCAAAGAAGACUACAGUAAACUUUGCCUUCUCCUCACCCUACCUCGCCUCACCAACCACGCCGAAUUCAAAGACUGGAACCCCAGCACCGCCCGCGUCCACUGCUUCGAGGAAGCCUGCUUAAUGGUGGCCGAGUUCAUCCCUGCGGACCGCAAACUGAGCGAGGCUGGUUUCAAAGCCAGCGGAGAUCGUCUUUUCCAGCUCCUCAUUAAAGGAAUACUGUACGAAUGCUGCGUCGAGUAUUGUCAGAGCAAGGCGACUGGAGAAGAGAUCCGCGGAGAGGAAGUUCUUCUAGCUGUAGAUGUCCUUUGUGGUAACGGUUGCGAGGAACUGGACCUAAGUUUGCUUUCGUGGCUUCAAAACCUUUCGUCGUCCGCCUUCGCCUGCUCUUUCGAACAGAAGACCUUGAACAUCCACGUGGACCGCCUCGUCAAACCAGCCCGGACGGGUCACGCGGACCUUCUCACACCUCUCCUCACCAAACUCUCGCCCUGCCCAGCCUCGCCUUUGCGCAGACCCCAAUCGGCGGAUACUUACAUGUCCCGAUCUCUCAAUCCCGUCCUGGAUGGACUAUCGCACGGUUUGGCUGGGAGGGAAAAGAAAAGCAUGGAUGGGGAUGGAAAGGGAGCAGCAAUGUCGCAGUCUUUCGCUAAUUUUGGGUAUCCAUCAAGCAAGGGUGCGUUGGAAACCAGCGUCUUUGGUGAUUCCCCAGACAGAGCACAAGCUCAGUCUGAGAAGAUAAAUGGCUCAGAAGGAACAAACUCGCAGCGUCCUCCACUGACACCUGGGAAUGAUGGUGGCCCCGUGGGAUCAGAUGAAAAGUCUGAGGAGCAACUUCAGGAGUUUCAGCGUCAGCGGUUACGAGUACAACAGCAUCUUGAACAGAAGCAGCAGCAGAGGCAGCUGUACCAUCAGAUGCUGCUGGAGGGUGGAGUUCACCCUCCGGAUCAACCCACAGACACGGCCCGACACAACCUUACCCAGACGUUCCUGAACAGGUCCAUUCAAAAACUGGAGGAACUGAAUGUGGGCAUGGAAGAUCUGGGAGAAGACGUUCAGGCUUUGGCUCAGCAGUGUAACGGUGUGACGGCGGCUGGUAAACAAACCCCGGAAACUGGAUCAGGUGGGAUCAAGGCUUCGGCGAUCAGCAGCACCCCUCAGAAGGGAGGAGGUCGAGGGGUGCCGUCGCUGGAUGAGUCCCCUGUGCUGGUCAACCAGAGUGUGUUUCAGGAUGAGAAACCCAAAUCCCCGUUUGUUGUGGUGGAGACGCUGGAGGAUACACAAGCUGUGCGGGCCGUUGCUUUCCACCCGUCUGGGACCCUCUAUGCUGUGGGCUCGAACUCGAAAACCUUGCGUGUCUGCACCUACCCAAGAUCUCUUAAAACUAGCGCACAAAGUCCAGCAAAGCAGCCCGAUAUCUGUUUCAAACGUAUUAAGCACCACAAAGGCUCCAUCUACUGCGUCGCCUGGAGUCCCUGUGGGCAGCUGCUUGCCACCGGCUCCAAUGACAAAUACGUCAAAGUUCUGCCUUUCAACGCAGACACCUGCAACGCCACAGGGCCCGAUCUAGAGUUUAGCAUGCAUGACGGUACCAUCAGAGACCUGGCGUUCAUGGAGGGUCCUGAAAGUGGAGGGGCAAUACUUAUUAGUGCUGGUGCUGGAGACUGCAACAUCUACACCACUGACUGCCAGAGAGGACAAGGACUACACGCUCUCAGUGGACACACAGGUCACAUACUGUCCCUGUACACAUGGGGUGGAUGGAUGAUCGCAUCUGGCUCUCAGGAUAAGACGGUGAGGUUUUGGGACCUGCGUGUACCCAGCUGUGUGAAGGUUGUGGGGACAGCUCUACAUGGAACAGGAAGUGCAGUCGCCUCGGUUGCAGUAGAUCCCAGCGGUCGGCUCAUGGCCACCGGAUUGGAGGACAGUCGUUGCAUGCUUUAUGACAUCAGAGGUGGCCGAACGGUCCAGUCAUACCGUCCACACACCAGCGAUGUCCGUUCUGUCCGAUUUUCUCCUGGUGCGCAUUAUCUACUCACAGGAUCAUAUGAUAACAAAGUCAUGAUCUCUGAUCUUCAAGGAGAUCUCACCAAAACCCUGCCAGUAACUGUGGCUGCAGAACAUGCCGAUAAAGUGAUCCAGUGUCGAUGGCACACCAGAGAUCUCUCCUUUUUGUCCUCUUCAGCCGAUAAGACGGUCACAUUAUGGGCAUAUCAGCCGUAACAUACACCAUUGUGCUGGAUGAGGCUACAAGAAAUAGCACAGAAACAUUCAUUCACCAGAAGUCAUUUAGUAAGAGAGUUAUGAGUAUGUUGAUGUGUUUGUAUUACAUUGUCUAUAGUGAAAAAUCGACUGACUGUUCAAUUGAAAUGCAUGUCGAAGUUGUGACUUUUUUACAAAAACAAAAAAUGCCACACGUAGGUACUUAGGUGUAGGCUAUUUUAGGUAAUGAAACGGUCCCGAAUAUGUGAGCGAAAUUGUGCCUUGAGGUAUUGUUCUCUGUAGUUACACUGAAUGUCUUGUAAAUAUGAGCUUUUUGUAUAUGCAUAAAUUAUAGUUUGAGUUGUUUAGCACAUUGCACUAUGGACAUUUCGCACUUACAAAUACUGUUUUAAGCAGCAUGAACUUUCAUCUCUUCAUUGAUACAAAUGUAAAUAAACCAACAUGCUGUAAAUAAAAAGAGUAGAGGUUU